CCUGGGUCAGAUCCUCCAUUGUGAGCCGGGAGCCGGGACUGAGCAGCUGCUGCCCCCCCCCCCCAGUGGGGUCUGUGCUGGGGAGAGACCGGCAUUAACCCCACUCUGUGCGCAGCCCGGGUGGGGACUUUCUCUGGUGUGGAGCCAGCCCCUGACACCAGCCGGAGACUCCAGCAGGUGAAGAGAUGCUGAGUGAGAAUGAAGAGGAGAAUCUCCAGUAGGGAAUCCCUAAGCAAGUGGAGCUGCAUGGGACGUUAUCAGGAAGAUCUAAAUGGAACAUUUCCUGGAGCGUUGACCACGGAAAAUCUUGUGAGAGUCAUUGCAGGUCAGAGAGACAGCAGAGAAACCAAUUGUGGAAAGAAGUAAUUAAAUCCCUUAUUUGUGGGAAAAGGUGCAAAGAUCUCAAGGAAACUACAGCCCAGCAGAGAAUCCACACACGAGAGAGAAAACACACGCACAACACACAGCAAAAACGUCAGUUUGCGAUUGCACUUUAGUAGACACCAGAAAACCUACACAAGAGAGAAACUCUAUAAAUGCAUUGAGUGUGGAAAAAGAUUUAAUGACAACUCGCACCUUAUUGGACAUCAAAGAAUUCACACAGGAGAGACCCUAUAACUGCAUUGACUGGGAGUUAGUUUAGCGACAGAAGCACACUUUAUUACACAUCAGAGAACCCCCACACAGGAGAGAAACCCUACAAAUGAAUUUACGCAGGUGAAGAGAUGCUGAAUGAGAAUGAAGAGGAGAAUCUCCAGUAGGGAACCCCUAAGCAAGUGGAGCUGCAUGGGAUGUUAUCAGGAAGAUCUAAAUGGAAUGUUUCCUGGAGCGUUGAUCAGGGAAAAUCACGUAAAAGUCAUUGCAGGUCAGAGAGACAGCAGAGAAACCAAUUGUGGAAGGAAGUAAUUAAAUCCCUUAUUUGUGAGAAAAGGUGCAAAGAUCUCAAGGAAACCACAGUCCAGCAGAGAAUCCACACUCAAGAGAGAAAAAAAACACGCACAACACGCAGCAAAAGCUUCAGUUCAGUAUGGAAAAAGAUUUAGUGACAACUCGCACUUUAUGGGACAUCAAAGAAUUCACACAGGAGAGACCCUAUAAAUGCAUUGACUCUGGGAGUUAGUUUAGUGGCAGAAGCAAACCUUAUUAUGCAUCAGAGAACCCACACACAGGAAAGAAGCCCUACAAAUGACUUUACUGUGAGACACUUUUUUUCAGAGCUCACAUCUUAUUACACAUCACCGAAUCCACACAGGAGAUAAACCAUAUAGGCCUGUGGGAAAAAUUUCAAUCGGAGGUCAAACCUAGUUUGAUAUCAGAGAGUCCAUACAGGAGAGACUCCCUAUAAAUGCACUGAGUGUGGAAAGGAAUUCAGUGAUAAGUCAUGCCUUAUGGGACAUCAGAGAACCCACAUAGGAGAUAAACCCUAUAAAUACCUUGAUAGUGGGAAAAGCUAUAGUGACAACUCACAACUUAUUACUCAUCAAAGUGCACACAUGGGUGAGAGUCCCUAUAAAUGCCUUGACUGUGGGAAAAAAUUCCUUCAAAGUUACAAUCUUCUCGUGCACCAGCGAAUCCAUACAGGAGAAACGCCCUAUAAAUGCCCUGACUGCGGGAAAGGCUUCAAUCGAAGUGCAAACCUUAUGAGACACCAGAGAAUCCAUAUAGGAGAAAAAGUGCCUACCAGCCUUGACUCUGGGGAAAAAGUUAGUGAUAAGUCACAACUAACUACACAUCACAGAAGCCACUCAGAAGCAAAACCCUACGUAUGCAAGGAUUGUGGGAACAGUUUCAUUCAGAGCUCAGAUCUUAUUGUGCAUCAGAGAGUUCAUACGGGAGAAACACCCUAUAAAUGCCCCGACUGUGGGAAAAACUUCACUCGAAGUUCAACGCUUACUAGACAUCAGAGAACCCACAGAGGGGAAAAAACCCAUAAAUGCCUGGACUGUGGGAAAAGUUUCAUUCAGAGCUCAGAUCUAAUUGUGCAUCAGAGAAGCCAUACAGGAGAAACACCCUAUAAAUGCCCCGACUGUGGAAAAAACUUCACUCGGAGUUCCAACCUUACUAGACAUCAGAGAAUCCACACAGGUGAAAAACCCCAUAUGUGCCUGGAGUUCACACGUGUUUCUGAUCCCUGUGUUAAAGCUCCAGAACUGAUCCCUCAAGGUUUGGGAUUGGGAAUAUCUUGCUGUAUUGUCUCCUGGUUGUUCUAAACUUCCAUAUAAACUUAAAAUGUGACUUUAA